AUGAAAAACUUUACAUAUGAAAAUAGUCAAUUAUCUUCAUCAGAUAUUGAUGAACUUAUUCAACGUUUUGAUAAAUCAAAUGUCGUUCAAGCAUUAAUACUUAUGGGUAGUUAUGCUCGUAAUGAAGCAGGUCCUCAUAGUGAUAUUGAUCUUGUACGUUUUGUAAUUGCGGGAACGAAAUUAUCUGAUGAUGGAACACAUUUAUUUAAGAAAAAAGUACUUAUUACUAUAUGUACAGUUGAACCAAUUGAUUAUGAAAAAUGGUUUACUGAUCCUUAUGAAGCGACAAAAUGGAUUGCUGGCUUAAGAAUAGCACGUGUAUUGAUUGAUCGAGAAAAUUUUUUUACAGAUAGGUUACAAAGACGUGCUCAUAAUUUUGUUUGGGAUGCAACAAUGCAAUUACAUGCUAAUAUUGAAGCUAGUCGUCGUAUGGUUGGUUGGUGUGAAGAAACAAAUAAAGGUUUAGAAGGUCUUCGUCGUAAUUAUGAUAUAGGUCGAUUACUCAAUGCGUGUCAUGGAUUAUCAUGGGGUUUAUCAGAAGUUAUACAAAUCCAUCGUGGUAUAUUAAUAUCGAGUGAUAAUAACUUUUUCAAUGAAAUAGAAUCAGUAUUAGAUGAUAAUAAACGAAUGAUUGAACUUCGUCGUAUUACAUUUGGUGUUAUAGGAUCAUAUACAUUACGUCAACGUGUCAUUGCAGGCUUACAUUUCUUUGUAUUACUUGCUAAACAGAUGUCUAAUGUUUGGCAAACUACUGAUGUUGAAAUUAUUGAACAUACUGUUCAACAUAUAAAUCUCAAUGUUCCAAAUUUAGUUUCAGAAAAUAUAUUAUGUGAAUAA